AUGCCACCAAAAGAAGACCCAUUCGCCGCCCCAGCUGAUGCUAAUCUUUUUGAUGAUAAUUACGACCCAUUCGAUGUACGUCCAGUGGAAGACAUCGUAGCGGCAGCGAAGGCAAAAGCCGAGGCGGCAAAGAUGUCGUCAGAUGGGCAGGAUGAUGAUUAUUUUGGGGCAACGGAUAGGCGCUCAAACCUAUCAACGCCUACCCAAGAAGGCGGGAGCCCAAUAAGUGCGAGGCCUACAGGAUUUGAGGAUGAGUUCAAGUGCGAGGCCUACGAUGUCUACGGUAAAAUCCACACCGUCAAACUGCAGUACGUGCAGUAUAAAGAACGCGUGGGAAUUCGGCCAGGCCAAAUUUCGAGGCUUGUGGAGGGACAUGUCACAAAAUAUGGGUUACCGUUGGAGCAUUCGGCACAGUGCAAUGUGUUGCUGAAGUUUGGCUCGCUGAAUGCCGAUGAGUUGCAAUCGUUUGUGAACACGAUUGAGGAUGUGCUAUUUAAAUGUCCGGCAAAAAGGGAUACAAAGCCGCAGUAUAAGCAAGAUGAGGUUCAGAUCCACUGCUACGAUGAAUACACAGCACACGUCGAUAAACUCGGAAUCGUCUCGGACCAACGAGCCAGAGUCCGCAUGUUCUGUCUGGCCUUCGUUUCCGGUUCCCCCUUCCUUGAAAUUGGCCUCAAUGACAGAAGACGACAAGGAAAGGAAAUCGUCCGACGAAAAGACAUCCUGCCCAUGUAUACCGAACGCUGGAUCCGAUUCGAAAACCUCGAGUUCCACAAUACUGUCGAACAGCCAGCUUUCGAAAGUGAACAGGUCAUCCGACUACAGCCACCAGAUGGAUGUUUCUUUGAGAUCAUGCGCUUCCGAGUCCGACCACCAAAAAAUCGUGAAAAGGCGUUGACGGUGAAGUGUAUUAUGAAGAUUGCUGGUUCCAAGGUCGAAAUCCGUAUGGAAGCAAUGGCUGCUGCUCAAGUCGAAAGAUUCCCGAUUCCGGAAGCUUGGAUCUAUAUCUUCCGCGAGGAACGACAUUGGGGUGUUGGAUCUGUGCAUUCCAAGAAGUUGAGGCCCGGCAAAGUCAAGAAUUUGAAAGAUCGGCUUCUCGGAGCUGUACAACAAAACGAGAGCAACUUGAUUGAGGUGGAGAUCGACUACAUUCAAUGCGCCGAUCUGGAUGUGGAUGCGGUGGCAAAUUCGGAGGCUAAUCCUGAGGAUACGAUUGCUAUUCCGGAAAUGCAUAGGCCGGCGAUGCAUCCGACUGAUGUAGCGGAUAUGCAUGAAGGCUACCGUAUCAAUUUACCCGAGGCCCAAUUCAAACGUGAUGAUAGCAGCUCCGAUGAAGAUGAAGCCAAAACCCAAUUCCCAACAAUCAAAAUUGACAUGAGUAAUUACGGAUAU